AUGUCCGACCAACCGGAUUACACCGUCGAGGCUGUGGUAGCUGCACAGGUAUUCGUUGUAGGGCACAAGCUCAAAUGGAAAUAUCGCGUCAAAUGGGAAGGUUAUGACUCGAGCGAGAACACCUGGGAGCCGGCCGAAAACAUCAACCCGUCAGACGCUGACGGAGACAAUGUCGAAAGAUUCUGGACACAGGCUCCGGUCGACGGACGUAACCGCGUGGACGUGAAGGCUUGGAAACCCAAGGAGACCGUCUGGUUGUCUGAUCGUCUGGCAUUGGAGGACCCUGCGUGCCCCCCACAGCAGCGACGGGUCGAAUAUACUUCGCACACGCCUCGUAGAUCUACUACAGGCUCGGCCUCCCGCCAGGCAAAUAUCGUCGCGUCGUCUUCCUCAUUACUCAGCACCUCCAAGCGCAAGCGAGCAGACGAAAUGACACUCACGUCUUCGUCCACGCCCACGUCUACGUCCAACUCAACAAAGCGCUUGCGCUCUUCCACUUUCAAAGCCCAGCUUGAAGGAGAUACAGUAUCUGGGCCCCUGAGAGCGCUCAGAGCGUCUUUACCCCCUGCCCAGCACUCGAAAGAAGGGAUACAGAACGAUGGAGGCAGCGGAAAAGGCCCUGUUCGGAACCACAAUGCAAAACCCAUCCCUGGACCUGAGGCUCGAUGGUUGACCUUCGCGGACGAGCAGCUUGAUAUCGUUAGGGCGGGUCCGUCGGCUAUCGGCGACGGAGAGCUUGUGACAUUAAAGAAGGAGAAAAUCGAGCGAGAGAUACAGGCCGCUCUCGGUGCCAUAGCACGCAUGCGAAUGCGUGGCAACCAGUUGAAAGCUGUCUACAGGCUUCCACCUCAAGUUCUCACCGCCAUCUUCGCCAUUCAUGCCUCGCAGAACCCGCCGGCAGCGAGCAAGCGCGGCAACGGGUGGAGUAAGAAUGAGCGACGUCUCGGAUGGAUUGAGGUGUCGCAUGUCUGUCGUCCUUGGCGUAAUGCUGCGCUCGAGGAUCCUCCACUUUGGACCGACAUCCCCUAUCACGACUUGGGCAGCAAAUGGGCAAAGACCUUUCUCGAGCGCGCCCAGCGGCACAGCGAUAUUAUCCCGAUCAAUUGGCAGAUGGAUUCAAUCUCCCCAAAGACACCGUCGUCGUCUAUGUCAGGCCUCCUUAUGGAUCACCUGCACCAUGUGCAUAAAUUGCGCCUGUACCUUCCGUCUAUUCCAUCGGAGAUGAAAUGGAUACGGAAUCUCGGGCAAUCCGCACCCCUCCUCACGUCUCUGCAUCUCGAGAGCUCCUGCGACCCCCCAUUCCUCCUUCCGGCUACAUCCAAGAUGCCCUUUUCUGCGCCGCUUUUGGAAACUCUUACGCUCAAAGGUCUUUCACCUUCUUUGGGUGGCGUCACGUGGACCAAUUUGUGCUCCCUGUCAAUUGCACACGCCGAGCUACAUUUCCCCGAGUUAUAUGAGGCCCUGUCCUCCACAACACACCUCGAGCGGCUGGCACUUGAACGCAUCGCGUUGACCGGAACGAUCGAGCCCCCCUAUCGCAUCGCAUUGGACAUGUUGAAAGCCGUGGAGCUUAGCAUGGACUGGCGUUCAUGUGCUGCGUUGAGUAAUGCACUGACCAUACCAGUUACUUCGUCCUUCGCCAUCAGCUUUGAAGCAAUGCAGUCGUUAGGCCUCGAUGGUUCACAGACUGCGCUCAGAGACGUUUUCUCAGUCAUCCAAGACCGGUUGCGUUACCUUCAACAGCACGACUAUCAAACCCAUACCGUCACCCUUCACGAGGAUUACAGAGGAAUUUUCACCAUAGAGAGCAAAGACAAGACACGCGCUGUGCAACGCUGGGCAUACCACAGCAGACCGCCGGGCGCAACAAAUUCCUUCAAGAUCGCUGCAGGUCUUAGUCCGUCUAUGCACAAUAUCGCCACCAUCUUCCCCUUGCUCUCUCUGGACCGUUGCCGCUCCUUGUCGGUGUGUUCGUCUACAUUGUGGACCGAAGAUGCGUGGGUAGCGGUUUUGCCCUCUACCCGGCAGUUGAAGACGCUCGAGAUCUCCGGGACCUGCGCAAGGACUUGGAUACAAGCCGUCGCUGCGUCUAUUGAACGUCGCGACAAACCCGCCCUUCUUCCGCGACUCGCAGAAUUGGAAGUGGACUCCGUCAACUUCGAUGACUGGCGCUCUGCCACAGAUCCGUCCAAGAAGGUGUUCAAGGAUCUUUUGAAAGCAUUCCUCAAGAAGCGAAGCGGCCAGAAGCACAUUGCGCCUAUCAAAGACCUCAGCAUCAGAAGCUGCGAUGUGUUAACGUCAAUGAUCAGCAGCUUCAAGAAGAUACCUGGACUGAAGGUGGACUGGGAUGGGGAGAGUGGUGACCUAUGGGAGGAAGACCGAGAGGAACGUUGGGAUGACGGCGAAGAGUUCUCGGAUUAUGACGGGUACGAAGGAUACGGCUUGUGGGCAUGA